AUGUCUCCAACAUGUUCAUCUACAUACAGUUUCUUAAAUACCCCAGAUUUCUUGACCUAUUCAUUUCAUUGUCUAACAUUUUUUGAAAUCCCGAUUCAUAUUUUCGUGGGGUACCUGAUUUUAUUCAGGACGCCAAAACGGAUGGGGAACGUUAAAUGGUACAUGUUUAAUGUGCAUUUUUGGAGUGCGGUUUUGGAUUUUUCGCUUAGUUUAUUGGUGAUUCCCUAUAUGUUGUUCCCGGUAGCAGCUGGGUAUGCAUUGGGAUUAUUUACAAAAAUCGGUGUGGACUUGGCAAUACAAACUACGGUGAUAGUAGUGGAGAUUGGAAUGACAAUUCUUUCGAUCCUUGUUUUGUUUGAAAAUCGAUACACCUUUCUUGCUGCCUCGCCCAAGUUUUGGAUCAGAGUUCGUAGAUCAGUAAUUGGAUUAUUCUACAUCAUAGCUUGCACAUACUUUAUACCUUUCAAUUUCAUGGUGCCUGACCAGAGUGUUGUUGGACCGGCGAUCAUAAAGCGCUUAGAAGAUCUUCGUUGCUUUUAUACUGGUCCGAUAUUUGUACUUGCCCAGGAUGCGACUCUUGUUGCGUGGUCCACAUUUAUCAAACUGCUAGUGGAGUUCACUUUUAUCAUUGUUUUGGUGGCUCGAACUUUUACCAAUAUCGUGAAGCAAAAUAAAACGGCUUCUUUAUCCAAAAAUACCAUUGCUCUACAGAAGAAAUUUUUUGUUUCUAUCACAAUUCAAACUGCAAUUCCAAUUACUGUGAUUAUACUCCCACUGGUUUAUUGUGCUUAUUCAUUGUCUCAAGGUUUUUAUAGUCAAGCUAUGAACAAUAUCUGCUUCCUUAUUAUAUCCUCCCAUGGUUUGGUAUCCACUAUUGCCAUGCUCUUGAUUCAUGAACCCUACCGGAAUGUGUUGUUCAAAUGUGGAAAAUCUAGAAGAGAAAGCAGAACAAUGUCUUUAAUUCAUAUCUAUGACAACACGAUUUUUGUGAUCCAACGAAAGCGGUUUCAAUACUCAGAGACUAUUGCAAGAGCCAUCUCUUGUGCGCUUUUAAACAACAUACUGCGGAUGCUAUGCUAUGAGCUUUACUCUCUUCGCCGUUCAUUUUGUGUACCGUUACUAUGCAACUUGCAAGUGAGCCUUAAAAACUACAAUAAUCAAAUAAAGCACCGUAAUUUCAGACCCGACCUCCUCCGCUUCUUCAAUGGCUUCUAUUUCGUCGCAUGGGUUUUCGGGGCCAUCGUUGUAGCUGCCAGUUGGGGAUUCGCCGCGUUCAUUUUGUAUCCAGAAACCGAUCGGACCAAAGCAGCGUUACUGCACAUUCUCAACACAUCCUAUAAUUUGGAUCCGGACUGGGUUCGAAAUGUUCCGUAUAGUUAUUGGCGCACAUUCGAUGGUGUGGAGUACCUGAAUCCUCGAAAAGUCAUUGGUAUUCUUCAGCAUGGUGUAAUUAUGACAGUCUCGUUUGGCACAGUAUUCUUUUGUGGAUUUGAAACCUAUAAAACCAUAAACGCCACCCGUGGAGUGUCCGAUAAGACACGGGAAUUACAAAAUCAACUUUUCAAGGCAUUAGUCAUACAGACUAUAAUCCCCACCUUCCUGAUGUAUCUACCAACCACUAUGCUUUUUGUGACUCCAUUUUUUGGACUAAAUAUUGGAUGCUACGGUAACAUUACUACGGCUACACUACACUUGUAUCCAGGACUGGACCCACUGGUGCUACUUCUAUUGAUUCGAGACUUUCGACAAACCAUAAGAAGAAAAAUUUUCUUCUGGUCUCCAACAACCAGUCGGGUCGAAACCUUGACAAAUGGCAAGUCGAUUCAGUCAAGUGCCAGCAGAGUGGGAUAA